AUGUCUCCAUUUCGACUCUUUAGUUCCACGACUUCAGAUACAAACAUAGCCCCUCUUAAACUCAAUGCACACACAGCGCCGGAAGAAGCAAUCUUCCGAUCUGCACCCAUGACAUUAGUGCAAUUCUACGUCACCAUUGAAUUAGCCAGAGAUAUGGUAUGGGCAUUGGGGAAUUUGGGCAAUGUUCAAUUUCGAGAUUUGAACUCCAAAUUAACUCCGUUUCAACGGACAUUUGUCAAUGAUUUGAAGUCGAUUGAUAUCAUGUCGACAAAAUUACACCAAUUGUUUCAGAUUAUGGUGAGACACGAAACAAUAAAGACUGAUCUCGUUGGAGCCUACUUGCAUGCUGAUUUGAAACCAUUACCUGCUGCGGCAGCCAUGGAUGAUCUCAAACAGAAACUUGACGAGUUCCAUGAUAGAAUCAAGCAUUUGGAUUUGUCUUUCAACAACCUCAAUCGUCAGAAACUCAGACAGGUGGAGAAUAGAAAUGUUGUCAAUAUAGUGGAUGACUUCCACCGGUCAUCCUUAGUCACUGAAGUGGAACGUCACUCACUUGAAAAUCGUGCUAGUAUAGAAGAUGAUAGUGUUGCUUUGCUUAAUGACCAACAACGAAGAAAUCAAAGUUUAGAGUUGGGAUUACAGGAAGCGGAUUUGGAGGAUGGUGCAUUUGAUUCAAUUGCAGGGACAAUCGCCCGUGAUAAAGUACCCAUUUUAAGAAAUAUCCUUUGGAGAACCCUUCGUGGGAAUUUAUUCUUUCAUGAUAUUCAAAUUGACGAACAGUUUCCUGUCAAUGACAGCUCUGAUGAAUUGAUUGACAAGAAUGUGUUUAUUAUUUUCAUUCAUGGGGAUCUCUUGAAAUCAAGAGUACGCAAAAUCAUUCAAUCCUUGGAUGGUGUUAUAUUUGAUAAUGUUGUCGGAGGUGCAGAUACAAGAUCGGCUACCUUGAUUGAAUUGAAUAACAAGAUUGAAGACUUAAAUAGUGUGGUUGUCAGCACAAAACAACAAUUAAUUACCGAAUUGAAAAUUUUCCAAGAAUCAUAUCCCGAUUAUUGCUACAUAAUUGAGCGAGAGAAAUUGAUAUUUGAAACAUUGAACAAGUUUGAUGAGGAUUCUACUAGAAGAUGUCUUGUUGGUGAAGGGUGGAUUCCAAAAUCGGAGUUUACAAAAAUUCAAUCAACAUUACGCAAUUUGGUCAAGGAAAAGACAAGACAUGCUAAUGCUGGACUCACUGCUUCUAGUAAUGAAUCGGUUGCACUCUCAUCGACUGGAACUCUUGAAACUCAAACUUCGUUAUUUGCCAUUGACGACACCACCAGUGAUCACGACAUUUCCAGAUUUGAAAUUGGCGAUGAAGAUGAUGAAGACGAUUAUGGUACUUUAAUUGCGGUUGUUAAUGAACUUUCCACCAAUAGAACUCCUCCCACCUUCCAUAGAACCAACAAAUUUACAUCAGCUUUCCAACUGAUUAUUGACGCUUAUGGUAUUGCCACUUAUCAAGAAGUUAACCCUGGGUUAGCCACAAUCAUCACCUUCCCGUUUAUGUUUGCCAUUAUGUUUGGUGAUGUGGGUCAUGGAUUCAUUGUGUUAUUAGGUGCACUUUACUUGAUCAAAAAUGAAAUCCUGUUUGGCGCCAUGAGAAAUAAAGACGAAAUUUUCGAAAUGGCAUUCAAUGGAAGAUACAUUAUUUUACUUAUGGGAUUCUUUUCCAUAUAUACUGGGUUAAUCUACAAUGAUAUCUUUUCGAAAUCGAUUCAAAUCUUCAGUUCUGGUUGGAAAUGGACAUUCCCUAAGGGCUACGAUUUCGCCAAAGAUGGAGCAGUUACCUUAAUUGCGGAAAAGAUUCUGGGGAAAGUAUAUCCGUUUGGGUUAGAUUGGGCCUGGCAUGGCACAGAAAACAAUUUAUUAUUUACUAAUUCAUACAAGAUGAAAUUAUCGGUGCUUAUGGGAUACACCCAUAUGAAUUAUUCACUUAUGUUUAGUUUGGUGAAUUAUUUAUAUUUCAAAAGGAAAGUGGAUAUCAUUGGGAAUUUCAUUCCCGGGUUCUUGUUUAUGCAGAGUAUCUUUGGAUAUCUUUCCUUGACUAUUCUUUACAAAUGGACCGUGGAUUGGUUUGGUACUGGUAGACAACCACCAGGAUUAUUGAACAUGUUGAUUAAUAUGUUUUUAUCUCCAGGGACAAUUGAAGAACAGCUUUAUCCGGGCCAAAAAUUCAUCCAAAUUGUAUUGGUAUUGAUUGCUCUUGUAUGUGUUCCGUGGUUGUUGAUUUACAAACCAUUAACGUUGAAACGUGAGAAUGACAAGGCAAUACAAUUAGGAUACUCUGAUGUCCAUUCUCAACGUCAUCAUUCGUUCCAGUUACACGAAGAAGAACGAGCUCUUGAAUUUGAACAGGAAUUAAACAAUGAUCCAAAUGAUGAUGAUGAUGAUAGUUUCUUGGCUGAUGAUGAGUUCCGAUUCCCUAAUGAUAUCGAACCAAUGUUUCAUUCUGCUGCUGGCCAUGGUGACGAUCACGACAAGUUUAACUUUGGAGAUAUUGUUAUCCACCAAGUGAUUCAUACUAUUGAAUUUUGUUUGAAUUGUGUAAGUCACACUGCUUCCUAUUUGAGAUUAUGGGCUUUGUCAUUAGCCCACGCGCAAUUAUCUACUGUUCUUUGGUCAAUGACAAUUCAAAAUGCGUUUGGUGCUAGUAAAAAUAAAACAAUAGGGAUAAUCAUGGUGGUUGUAUUAUUCGCCAUGUGGUUCCUGUUGACGGUAUGUAUCUUGGUGUUGAUGGAAGGUACGUCAGCCAUGUUGCAUUCAUUGAGAUUGCAUUGGGUUGAAGCCAUGUCGAAGUUCUUUGAAGGUGAAGGGUACGUGUAUGAACCAUUUACAUUUAAAGAGAUUGAUAUAUAG